AUCACACGCCUGCUAUGAACAGCUUCAAAGAAACAGUUCUCUUAGGUGCAACACCUUUGGUUCCGUGGCGGCGUGCCUCACGAAAAUCUCAUUUUGCCUCCACUCCUGGAAGCGACAAUGUUCAAUUGGGUAGUUUCUUCGAAUGCGCGUUUUCCGAUGCUCGUUGAAGUUACCCUUCUUUGCUGUUUCUGCAUUACUUACUUGGCUCACGCCGAUAUCAUCAAUAUGGAAGGUUGUGGUGAGUAUGCCGAAAAUAUCAAGGCUAAACCUGGGAAGAUCUUCAGUAGGCGGCUUCAGCCUUGGAUCGUGCACAUAUAUGCAAUAUUCGAUCCAAGGCAGCAAAACGAAGAAGGAACAUAUGGGUGCUCGGGCAGCAUCAUAUCGCCAAGAUUUGUACUGACAUCAGCUCAUUGCCUCACCAAUGGCACAGCGUGCUGUGGUUACCCCACAAGAGCAUGUACUCCGAGCCUUGUGCAGGUGUACUAUAACUUCACAGUGGCUCAGACAGGUCCAUACCAAUCGGCUAAAAGCAUUUUCUAUCACCCAUAUUUAGACAGUGAGCACUGGGUGAACGACGUCGCUUUGAUCAUGCUUGAAGAGCCGCUGCACUUAGACGAGUAUGUGAGGCCAGUCUGUUUACCAAACCAACAAAAACAAGUUAUACGUGAAGGCGCCCUACUGGUGUCACCUGAAUGGGGCAUAAUGGAAGAUGAGCAAGUUUACAAAUUCCUCUACCAUUCGACGGCGAAUGUUGUUUCAUUCGAGCAGUGCAGCGAAAGUAUCGAACUGCCAAAAGUCCGCGAUAUGAAGUGGGACCGUUUCCUUUUCUGCACGCAGUCGAAUGGGAAGAACCCCAUGGAGGGUUUGGCUGGAGGUCCUCUCACGCGUCAGUCAGGUGGCAAACGGGCAGUGCAAGUUGGAAUUGCCUCGUACACUUUCUGCAGGAAGGAUUACAAGUCGAGUGUGCAAACUCGCGUGGGUCCCUACAUCCAAUGGAUCAAGGAGGUGCUCAGCCACUGCGCGAGGUGGGAGCGCCGUGACCAUGCCGGCGAAAACCCAAAUAGCAAUGACAACUUUGACUAUUAA